AUGCAGGUGACAGCAGAUGUUGGCCAGGUUGCGGGGGCUGGCAGGCAGACAUCAUCCCCUGCAACUGUCCCGAGCAAGAAGCAGGCCAAGGAGGAAGAGGAGAGGCUGACCAGAGAGCUGCAGCUCGUUACACAAGAGAGAAAUGAGCUGAGAGAUCACUUGAUCUAUGUCACAGAGGGAGCCAUGAACAAGAGGCCAUACUACACACCAAAUCCGUUAUAUGAAAAACUGAAGUUAAAGGAGAAGGAGAUUAUGACAUUUCUACACACCUUAGAGAAGGAGAAUAUUGAAGCCAAACAGAACUUCCAGGAUCUCAAGAAAGAGAUUAAUUUUUAUCACAACCUGCACAGCCGGCUCCUAAUGCAGAAGAACUUUAUGAAUAAGAGGUUGGUCAUACUGAAGCAGGAGAACAAGGAAGUACACGCUGAUUGGACCAUUAUUCAGCAAUACCUGAUUGACUUGAACCUGAUUGAUAAAGAUGAAGAGGAGAAGCCCAGCAUCCUCCAGGACCUACAACAUCAGGCCUCGGCCGCGCCACACUGGGAGCCUCAAGCCAUGGACACCCCUCAGCUGGCACAGCCCUCCCUGACCACACUCUGCCCUGCCCGCCUCUCCCUCAGGCUGUGUCCACCUUCACCCCUGCUGCCCAGAGGCUUUCACUCGCCUGGCCAGCUGAGGGGUGGAGAGGAAGGCGAAGACUAG